AUGAGCGUGAAGAAGAGUUCAAAACUCGAUCUUCUGGUCCGCGUAAGAUACUCAAAUCCACUCCCUGCACCACCAUGUCCCCCGAAACUUCUCGACAUACCUACACACCCUAUGCGCUACGCCCGCCCAGAAUUUCUCAACGCAGUUGCCAGCGAAACACCUUUACCCGUCAUCGUAGAUGCAGAAUGUGGAAUGCCCCUUGAUCUGGGCAAGUGGGAGUCGCUAUGGGAAGAAAACGCAGAUGAUUCCAAUUUGAACCCUGAUCCGUUGAACCUUCCAAAACUCGAUCCAAAAGACGCUCUCCUUCUUGUAGACCCGUCGUCCUCAACAGGGUUAUACACGAAUGGCCAUCCAGGUUCAGGCAGCGGUACCUCCACUCCCCUCGCACACGUAACAUGGCUUCGAAAAACGGAGUAUAUAAGCAGAGAAGGCGUCCAACGGUCAGGUAUCCAAGAACCGAAACAUCUCGUCUCCGCAUCCAUCGACAUCAGCCGCCCCGCACAGCUUCGGGAUAUCGAGGCCUCUUUCGCAGCCUGCAACAACGACUUUUCACUAGAGGACCUCCGCCACCCCAACAAUCCCAAGCUUACCGCUGUUGAAUCAUACCCCGUGCUCCCUGACGCCGAAAUCUGGGCGAACCAGUACGAUCUGUUUCGCUUUUCAGAACGACCAGGCGAGAGACCUGUGGAUGUGGAGGAUCCACGUUUGGAUUGUGCCGUUCUACGGCCUAUGAAAACUGAACAUGAUUCUUUCCUCGCGUAUUACCUCACGCAGGACGAUGAUUCAGCGACAAAGUUCAAGGAAACCAGGUUUGGUUUACAGCCGUAUGAAGUACCUGAAGAUCAAGAGGAGACAAUCUUCCACUUUGUACGCGACUACGAGACCGUCAAGGUCGAACAGGAAGUGCCGAACGAGUUCUUGCUCGUACUGUAUGACGGAGACCCGUCCGAGGAACUUGACGCCGUGUUGGACGAAAGUCACUCAAAACUACCUCCGAGAGCUAAAGGGGCCUACUACAAAAACAUUGAGCGCAAGAUGCUGCUCAAGAAAAAGCGAGCGAAUAUAUACGACCAAUACGAGGACAAGUGGGAGAUCAUCCGCCUGCUGCAUCAACCUAUGAGCAAAGAGGAGGAGGAGGAACGAGAAGAGGCCCUUGCAGAGGUGGUGGACCCCAUGUUCCUCAUGGCGAGAGGGGAUGCAGACGCAGAGGGGGAGGUGGAAAUGGACGAAGGCGGCUAUGCGAAUGGGGUGAUAGACGUGCUCGCAGAAUCAUAA